UACAAAUCUAAACGUAAACCUCCAAAGAUCGUUCUGCUCCGCCUUUGCUAUCAAAUUUGUACGGGUUGGUCUGACGCUGCCAACUCAACUCGUCGCCACUGCGUCCCUCUGAUCGUGCAUGAAACUUUCCACAGUUAUGCGCUCUGGUGGAAGGGUGGAUGUAUGCAGUCUUACUCCUACUUUACAGAGAAGCGAUUUUCGAGUCCCAAACCUGUGACCUCUAGGUCAUAAAUGGAGUAACUUUAGUGCUACAUUGAAGCCACUCUCUAACUAAUCCGUAGUAUAAGGCCCUUGUAAGAGGUGUAGAUGGUGAGAUCUAGUUGUUGGGAAGUGAUCCAUACUGCACUUCUAAAUGGCGUCAGGUGGGGAAGUGGUAAUCUUUACAGACACAAAUAUCGGCACUCGCAUUGCCUUGGCUGUGUCUCCAGAUGUCACUGCUGCUGAUUUCAAGAGAGAGGUUGAGAGAACGCACAAAAGUAUUUUUCCACAGUUGGGAGAAAUUGAAGCGCAUGGGUUAAUGGUGAAGCGAAAAAGUUGCUUUUACCACCUCGCAGGGUCUCUGCCUAUAAAGUAUGCUUUCCAGGGUCUCAAAGGAACAUGGCUUCUUCAUGUGGAAGUGCAGCCUUCAAAUGAAGGAGAUAAGCCUGAUCUAUCCCAUUGUCUAGCGGCAAAAAAUGGGACUCAUUUUUCUGAUGGUAGCAACAUCAAUGAUUCUUUUGUACCCAACACUGAAAAGAACAAUACACAUAAUUAUAGUAAUGAGAGGAUCAAAGGAAUUACCAGCAUCAAACCUCUGACAGAAGAACUUUGGAAAACUGCCCACCAUUUCAAUAAAAAGAGGAAGAAAAAGAAAAACACGAUUCACUUAGAGCACAAAGUGGAUGUCACUGAGAAGGAAUGCCCUAUUAUAAUUAAAGAAACUCCCGAGUCUGCUGAUAAUGGAAGUGUUCAAAUGUCAAAAAACAAGAUUAAGCCUGUCUUAGGUUCUUCCAGCCCUUUGGUACAGACCCCCAUAGAAAGGUCACCCAAAGUAUUAUCUGAAAGAGAUGUCCUUGACAAUGAAGGAAACUCUUCAGAGUUGAAUUCUCUGAGCAGAUUUUAUGAUCCUCAAAACUGUGCAGUUGCUUCCAUUGCCAAUGAGAGUGGAGUAGAGAAACAGCUGAAAGGCGGAAGGAACGGUAAUUGCUCAAACAUACAAGCUUAUUCCUUUCCACGGUUUGCCACUAGAACACCUUCAAGGACACGGCCUUCUCUAUUGCCUGCUGAUUCCAGUCCUGGAAGAUCAGGGAGUAAGCUUGAAAAAACUGCUGCCGUUGGGAAACGUAUUUUGAUUGCUGCAAAAAGCCUGAGAGCCUCUGGGAACAAGCAAAGACCAGUUAUUUCUUUCCAAAGAUUCAGAGGUGCUUCCAAUUUUCCAUUUGUUUCUAGAAUUCCAGUGUUUGAGAUCAGUGAUAAUGAUGACUAACAAUUUAUGGGUGUAAAUUAAUGGUGGAAAUGUGUAAGAAAGAGAGCAAUGAUUGAUAUAUCUCAAGCUUGCUAAUACAAUGAAUUAGAUUUCUCUCUGGUAUUUCUUCGUUA